GUUGCCGCCCUCCCCUCAGGCGCUGCUGGGGCAGCUCGCAGGGGUCCUGGCUCGGCGCAGGGGUCCUUUGCCGUACAGCAUGGCGACGCUGUGGAGGAGGCGGGAGCGGUUGCUGGGAGUGUCGGGCCGGCUGUGCCGUACAGUGCGAGCCCUCUCAGGAAAGAAUGAGUAUGACCUUCUGGUAAUUGGUGGAGGGUCUGGAGGCCUUGCUUGUGCAAAAGAAGCUGCUCAAUUUGGAAGGAAAGUGGCUGUUUUGGAUUAUGUGGAACCUUCUCCACAAGGAACCAAAUGGGGACUUGGUGGAACUUGUGUGAAUGUUGGCUGUAUUCCUAAAAAGCUUAUGCAUCAAGCAGCCCUUUUAGGGAGUGCCCUUAAAGAUGCCCAACACUAUGGCUGGAAUAUAGCCCAACCUGUUCAUCAUACCUGGUCUGUGAUGGCACAAGCUGUUCAGAAUUAUGUGAAAUCCUUGAACUGGGGACACAGAGUGCAACUACAAGACAAGAAAGUGAAAUAUUUCAACAUGAAAGGAAGUUUUUCUGAUCCACAUACAAUCCGUGGUUUAACAAAAGGAGGUAAAGAGACUAUUGUUACUGCAGAAAAUAUUGUCAUUGCUACUGGAGGAAGACCAAAGUAUCCUACACACAUCGCAGGUGCACUGGCGUAUGGAAUCACGAGUGAUGAUCUGUUCUGGUUAAAAGAAUCUCCUGGAAAAACGUUGGUUGUUGGAGCCAGCUAUGUUUCACUUGAGUGUGCUGGAUUUUUAACGGGCAUUGGAUUGGACACUACAGUCAUGAUGCGAAGUAUCCCACUUCGUGGAUUUGAUCAGCAAAUGGCAUCUUUAGUAACAGAGCACAUGGAAUGUUAUGGCACAAAAUUUUUAAAGAGAUGUUUCCCAACCAAAGUUGAAAAAUUGGAGAGCAACAAAUUGCAGGUGACCUGGAAAAAUACUGACCUGGGCACAGAAGAAACUGAUUGCUUUGACACAGUGAUGUGGGCAGUAGGCAGAGCCCCUGACGUUAAAACCCUCAACUUGGAUGCAGUUGGAGUGAAAACUAAUUCUGAAACUGGAAAGAUCAUUGUUGAUGCCAGUGAAGCUACUUCUGUUCCUCACAUUUAUGCAAUUGGAGAUAUAACAGAGGGCCGUCCUGAAUUAACACCCACAGCAAUAGCUGCAGGAAAACUACUGGCUCGGCGUCUUUUUGGCCAGUCUUCAGAAUUGAUGGACUAUGACAAUGUACCUACCACAGUUUUCACUCCCUUGGAAUAUGGUUGUGUUGGAUUGUCAGAAGAAGCAGCUGUGCAGUGUUAUGGAUCAGAUAAUAUUGAGGUAUACCAUGCAUAUUAUAAACCUUUAGAGUUUACAGUAGCUGAAAGAGAUGCAACUCAAUGCUAUAUAAAAAUGGUGUGCUUACGAGAGAGAGAGCAACGAAUACUUGGCCUUCAUUUCAUUGGACCAAAUGCAGGCGAAGUUAUUCAAGGAUUUGCUCUUGGAAUCAAAUGUGGUGCUACAUAUCCUCAGCUAAUGAAGACAGUUGGCAUUCACCCUACCUGUGCUGAAGAAAUUACCAAGUUGCACAUUACAAAGCGUUCUGGCUUGGAUGCAACAGUUACGGGCUGCUGAGGUUAAAAAUGCCAUCUCUGGAAAGAAGGAAAAAAAGCACAAAAUAUAUUUGUAAAGAAAAGGGGCACUUAGCCUUAGGAACACUUUUAAUGGUUCAACUUCCAGGAAUCUUUUCUUGUUCUCCCUGUAGACAGCUUUCUUUUUCAGCUAGAUUGUCGUCACACCAUCACUGUUCUAAAACCAAUUCAGUCCUGCUGUAACAAAUUCUAUUUCAAAGUGCCUUUAACUCUUAUCUUUCUGGAGCCAGGAAUAAUCACAGGUUUAUAUAGGUAAAUAUAACUGAAGCCAUUGACAUCUGAGGCAAUCUACAAAUGAAGCCAUUUUCAUUUGAGUUUCUGUUGGCAUUGCUGACUGCCAAUAGAAGCAUCUCACGUAAUAUUCAUAGGGAUCCUAGGAGAUGGGCAGGGCCUCCCUUAGAAUUUUGGCCAUGAGACUUUCUCCUGAGUGCUUGGAUAGUUCAUUACCUAUCCUAAUCUUGAACACUGAGAUGCUGUACUCACUAGUAGAAACGAGUUCCCAGACUGUGUAACAGUGGGUUAGCAGUCAUCUUUGGGAUUUUCUUUAAAAUCUGUAGUAUGUACAGGAAUUUAAUACAAAAUCACUUAUCACUGAAGCUAUGCUGCUACUGGAUGAAUCCCAAUGCAUUAAUCAGUGGCAUCCUGGUCAUAACAUUAUGGUGAUGGCUGAGAAUGAAUAAGCUCAGAGGUGUUAAAGAAAAAGUUGAAUUUUGUGGUGACUUCUCUGCCUACUCUUAAAGUUUCUAAUUCAGUUCAAAUUGACACAUCUCACAAAUUAUUGCCUGAACACCAUAUAUUAAGCAACGCUGACAAGUAGAAUCAAAACCGCUAAUAAUCCAAUUCAUGCCACAUUUUAUGUUUUAUAGGAUGUGGAAAUCUGGCUGACACAGUGAUAUAUUUGUUGGUUGGUUUUUAAGAUUCUUUUCUCUGAUGAGGUGGAUACUGAUUCUGAAUGGAUUUAGGUCUGGCUUUAAUAGAACAUGUUACAAAAGGGAACUAUAUUAAACAGUGAGCUAGAAAAGAAAUAGUCCUGCUCAGAAUAAAGACAGAAAAUAAAUAGCUGCAAACUUGUUUUUUUAAGUAUUGGCCAGAGUAAUAAAGCAUUAAUCUGUUGCAAAUUUCUGCUUAUGUUCCUGCUAUCCAGAAGGGGGAGAUGCUGGCUAAUUUGUAGCAAUGAAGAAACAGAAAUCUGAUGGUGAAGCUUCUUUUGCAGAACUCAGUUAAAUAAGUAGCCUGACAAAGGCAAACACAAAAUAAACUGCACUAAAUAUUCAGUCCAAGUUGCAGCUGUCAACAUUUUAUAUGCAUAGUCAUAUAUUUCUUGCACCCUUUACAGUAGUAAAAGAUCAGUUUGAGGUGAAACAAAUGUAUCAUUUUUGCAGUUAAUUCAUAGGGGUGUUUGUGUGUGUGGAAUUCAGUAGUUCCAUAGCUAUCCUUCUGCUUGUUGUACAGUUUAGAAGAAUAGCCUGAUGGCCGUGUAUAUAUUUGCUAAUUUUAAUUUGAUUGCCAUUUCACUGUUGCAGCAUGUAACACAGACAAAUGGUUGGUUUCUUUCAAGGGUAGUAUCUUUUUUCCUAUGAUAAAUCAUAGUAAAACUUGAGAAACUGUUAGACAAAUAGUGAUCAGAACUUCCUUCUAAAAUGUGAUGUAACAACAUUUGUCACACUGUCACUGAUAAUAGAAUAUUGCUUUUCUAAAGAUUUGUUCUGACUUAACAACAAAAGAAAUCUUAAAUGCUUUCUUUAGAAAGUUUCCUGAUUUGCAGUCCAUAUUUCUAGUCCAUAAAAGAGGAAGAACUGAUACAAUUUGACUGCAGGUGGCAUUCCCUAUGAGAUCUGCUGAUGCUAUUUUUCAUCUAUGAAGUUAUCCAUAAGGUUGUAGUUGAAUAAAGAAGCUCUUUGAGUGGAAGUGUUGUUGAAACGCUGCCUGAAUAUUGCAAUUGCCAUAAGGAGAAGUGAUGAAAAAUUUAUAUCUGUAUAGAAAUGUGUGCAUACCUGUGCAUUCAGAAGUUGAUUUCCCUUAUUAAAGACCUUCUGAGUAUGAUGCUGUUAAAAACCCCUACUAGAUUUUCCAGCUGUUUAUAUAUAAAAAAAAUUUUAAAAGUUCAUAGUAAAUUGAGCUUUUUUAAAACUUAAUAUUUCAAAACUUUGAGAUUCUGAGCAUAGCAGCCUACAGAGAUUUUGCUGUCAGAAACUUCCCACCUCUGACUAAACUGUAAUGUGCAUGCAUGCAAGAUUAUUUUUUUCCUAGUGAUUGCCUAUUACAAUUCCUUUUGUACCCAUAAUUGGUGUUUAGCCAUGUGUCAGCUGCUUCUCUUCUCCGUCUUACCAGUGCAUCCAACAGACUGAGGUGUCUGCUGCUACAGACAAAUCCGUGGAACAAUGAGUUAAUUUCAUUCAUCAUGAAGUUCCAAAUAGUGAUUUGGGAGAACAAGUAAAGAGAUCUCAAGGAAACGUGUCCUUAGUGUAUGUGAGGUGUGAAACUAAGGCAUGUCAUCAUUCUCAGGAGUAAUAGAACUGUAUUCGUUUUAGAACUGCUGAGUGGUCUGCAUGAAAAUUGAUCCUGGAUCUUGAACAGCAGCUUAGUUCUGUUACUCAUUUAGUGGAAAAAGUUGUUGCCCCCAGUGUAAAACUAAACAUACAUUCACACCUAUACAACCCUAAUGUCAGCAUCAACAGCAAGACAGAAUAAUGACAACUCCUGUGAUUGUGCUUUUUUUCCUGAAGGAUUCACUAGGGAUGGCGCUUAAGAAUUGUUUUUUUAAAGCCUGACAGAUACAAAUUGAAAUGGCUAAUGUACAGUGCAAAUUAUUGACUAUAUGUGAACAUGUUAAAAAAGAAAUCAGAAAAUUUAGUCAGGCUUCUUCUCAGGAUGCCAGCUGAUGAGGGCUUGUUUGUCAAACCACCCCAUGGUGCAAACAAGUCUGAGCGUUGCUGGGUCCCUCAUAUGUACAAUCCUAAUUAUUGUGUUGUGAAUUUAUGAAUUAAUAAAGAUAUU